GGCGCUACAAGCGCUGGUGACGUUCGUGACGUUUGUGUUGUUUAAAAAUGGCGGCAGAGUUCAGGCUACUACAGUCUCGGCUUCAUUUGGCUCAACGCCAGGGGCCGUACGAAAGAUCUGAUGGGAGAGAGCUGAACGAGAGAAGGCCAACGGCUUUAAACAUAGGAUCUAUAUCGACCGCUGACGGAUCAGCGCUUGUUAAGAUGGGCUGCACAACAGUUGUCUGUGGUGUGAAAGCGGAACUUGCUGAACCGGCCGUCACUACUCCGAAACAAGGGUUUAUCGUGCCAAAUGUGGAUCUGCUGCCUCUCUGUUCACCAAUGUUUAAGACAGGACCUCCGAGUGAACAGGCCCAGGCUUUAAGCAAGAUGAUGCUCGACGUUCUGACCAGUUCAGAAAGCAUAAACCUAGAGAAGUUGUGCAUAGAGGAAGGCAAGCUUUCUUGGUGUCUUACUGUUGAUCUGACGUGUCUGGACUAUGAUGGAAACAUGGCAGAAGCGUGCAUCUUGGCUGCCACUGCUGCGCUCUGUUCAUUAACGCUGCCCAAAGUGGUCACAAGCGAUGGUGAAGUCAAUGUGUUACUGGAAAGAGAGAAAGUAGACAUUAGCGAUGGUCCCCUGGCAGCCACAUUUGCCGUCCUUGCAGAUGAUACUAUUGUGGUUGACCCAACACAUGAAGAAGAAUGCCUUGCUGCAGAGACCUUCACAGUCGUCUUGAAUGCUGAUGACAACAUCUGUGGAGUUCACAAACCAGGUGGCUUCGCCCUUGGCACUGACCAGAUGUCCCAGCAUGUGGAAAUCGCAAGGAAGCUAGUGAAGGACACUCGUGAUUUGCUUUCUACAGCUCUGUCUAAUGUAACUGAGUGCACCGCAUAGAAGCAAACCAUCAAAUACUAGUUUGAUGUGAGAAGAAGUUGUGAGAUCACAGGAAAGCAAAAAAAAAAAAGAGCUUUAUUUCA